GUCAUAGUUUAUUGAUUGAAAACUAUUCAAUUUAGGAUAACUCGAAAAAAAGCUCUUAAAAAGCAAUGACAGCUGUUUACAGGUCUUGAAUAACUUUUUUUCGAUAUCUGUUAACGCGAAAUUUUAUGUGAAAUAAAUAAUUUAUAAGUUGAAAAUUCAGUGUAUACACUGUAGCGCAUCAUAAGGAAAUAUAAUGUCGCACUACAGUGAUGCUGAAGAUUCUAUUAAAGAUAUACAAGAUUUAGAUAUUGGAAUUAGGAAAAGGAAAGUAAUAGGAUGGGAUCUUGAGUCUGAAUCAAUUGCUUCUGAAAUAAAGGAUCUUUUAGAGGAGGAUGUUAAUUCUUUGGUGGAGGAGGACUGCGUUGGAUGUCCUUUACCGUCCACUCCUGAGGAUGAAAAUAUUUUGGAUACCGAGAUGAGUGACGUAUUAAAAGCUGCAGUCUUAGGUACAGAAGUACUGCUAUUAAAUGCGGAAGCUAUGGGUGAUGAGCUGGACAUCACGGCGCUCGCUCAUAAUGCCGCCUCUCAAGCCGAACAUGUCGUUCGUAAAAUGAUACAAGCGGGAUGGUCAGUUUGUCAUUUUAGAAACUUACCCGCUUGGUUGCAGGACAACGACUUCCUCAUUUUUGGUCACAGACCGCCAUUACCCAGUUUCCGAGCAUGUUUUAAGAGCAUUUUCAGACUACAUACCGAAACUGCUAAUAUAUGGACGCAUUUGCUAGGCUGUGUGGCGUUCAUAGGUAUAGCAAUAUACUUCUUGAUGAGACCAAAUACUGAAAUCGAAAUUCAAGAAAAAGUUGUAUUCGGAGCAUUCUUCGCAGGAGCUAUUAUAUGUCUAGGAAUGUCGUUUAUGUUCCAUACAUUGAACUGUCACUCCCAGUUUGUAGGUAAAUUGUUUUCGAAGCUAGACUAUUGUGGAAUAGCUCUGUUGAUCAUGGGAUCUUUUGUGCCGUGGUUGUAUUACGGUUUUUACUGUCAUUUUAAACCAAAAGUAGUUUAUUUAUCGGUAGUAUGUGCUUUAGGCAUAACCAGUAUUAUGGUAAGUUUAUGGGAUAAAUUUUCUGAAUCUGGAUGGCGACCUUUCCGUGCUGGAGUAUUUAUGACGUUUGGAUUGAGCGGAAUUGUACCGGCUAUUCAUUACGGAAUUGUUGAAGGUUGGUUCAAUUACGUUAGUCAAAAAUAUCUUGGUUGGUUAGUAUUAAUGGGUAUGUUGUAUAUCGUGGGUGCAAUGUUCUACGCCCUUCGAGUUCCAGAAAGGUGGUUUCCGGGAAAAUGUGACAUCUGGUUCCAUUCUCAUCAGAUCUUUCACGUUUUCGUACUGGGCGGAGCUCUAGUACACUAUCACGGUAUAUCCGAAAUGGCUAUGCACAGAGUAACAAUAGGACAAUGUGAAAUACCGGAUACACCCAUAUAUUGAUAGGUAGCCUCUUGUUUUUAAUUAGAAAAAAUUAUUUUAAAUGUUUUUUCCUUAUUUCAAUAAAACAGUAUAUUUCAUUUUUAUAUUGUUGAAAAUAAUCUGAUUGUUAUCGAUUAGAUAUAUCUGGAGCAUAUUUUAUCUAAUACACUUGACACCGGUUGUUUAUUUAUUUUUAAUGAUUAAUCUAUCGAAUUAUCUAAGUUCAAUGUAUAAUUUUUUUAAUUUAAGUUGCUGCUUUAAAAAGACCCCAACUCAAGAAUUCCAAGGAAGAACUUCUAUUUCAUAAGUAUAUUAUCAGUGUAGAAAUAUUUUUUUGUAAUUUUGGGUCAUUAUAUUUCCAAAUACCUGUGUUUAUAUAUUAUAACAAAUUUGUACUAUUUAAUUAUCGGCACAAGCGAAAAUUGUCAUCAAAUGGCAUGACAAGUGCGCUUGAAAUGUUUAUGAUGAAUUUCUUUUUUUGGUUAAACCCCUUUAAAGAUUAUUUUGUUCAAAAUAUUUAUAUUAGUCCCGAUAGAAAGAUGGUUUAUUAUACCAACCAAAAAGCAAUCCUUCAAUCCAAGUUCAUUUUUGCAUACAUUCGAAGGAUUUGUUGCGGAAAAUGUUGAAUUUCAAUAGGGGGUAAAAAAGUAAUUGAAAACCACACUCGAAAGAUUGAAAUAUCCUUUAAAAUUGUAUUUUACUAUAUAUUUACAAUAAAAACUGAAAUAUAAGCAAUACAUUUAUUUUUUAUUUGCAUAGAAUAUUAAAAAGUUAUGAAAAAAAAAACAAACAAUUUGUUGUUUUGUUAAUCACAACUAGAAACUUUCACAGAUAAUGUAGUGAUAUAUUUCUUAUUAAUUCCUUUUUUUUGAUACAAAAAUUUAUAUGUUUAUAAAUUUUUUUUACUAAAAUUUAAAAAAAAAUUAUUUUUCCUAUAAUAUUAACCUCUACGUUUUAUUUGAAAUCUUUGGUACCAUUGAUGAUAUUCAUACCGUUUACACUACCACUACUCGAACACUCGCAAUUACACUGACUGUGAAAUUCACCUUCAGUCUCUGAAGACGGUAACUAUGUUAUCAGAACACCCGUCUUCUCUCUUUGUGUCUUUAACCGGCGCUACGGUCCUUUAAGAUCCAGAGGCUUUCCAACAAUCAACUGCAAAUCUUUUCUGUCCUGAUCAUGAAGCCUUCAACGUCGAACCCCCAGCUGGAUCAGGUCCACCUCAACAUUCUCCAACCAGCCAAGGUCUUUCUCUCAGACGCUAUCUGCCUGGAACUCCAUACAUGGCUCUGCGCAUGUUCCAGCCACCUCACACGCUCGCCUCGGGUCCUCUACGCACCAUUUUCUUAAACAGGGCCAAAAAUCUUUCGCAGGAUUGAUCUCCGUUGUCACGUCAUUAUCUUCAGUUAUCAACGCCCUGAGAUAUUCGGAUAACACCCAUCGGCAAUGUAAUUGUGAAUGUUGAUGUAGUUGUAUUAUAGCGUGUUCAAUUCACUUUGUUUAUAUUUUUAAGAUGGGGUAUUUUUUUUAUUGUUUCCUAUCCCUUAACUGAAUUUCACCAUUUUCCAACUACAUAUUUUUUAAAUCGCAAAUUUAUUACGCUACAGUAAUGGAAUAAUUCUAUUAUUAUAUACCAUAAUGCUAUAGUUUCAUUAUUCAAAACAGAAAUAUUUUCUUCAUACCUCACUCGAGCUUUAUUUAUGUUGAUUGUUUUGUUAAUAUGUCUUCCUGGAUGUCCUACAUCAAAUUUUUUCGAAUAACCAGAAGUUUGUCUUUAAAAAAACUUCUACUUCAUGUAGUCGUAACUCCACUUUUACUAAUCUGUUUUAAUAAGGUUGGUAUAAAAUAAUCUAUGAUACGUAGUAGGUCAAAUUUAUCAUUAUGUUGGUGUUAUGCCCAAUCAAUAGUUUUACAGUAAAUUAGUAGGCAUAAUGGACUAUUUUCUAACUUAAUUAAAAUGGUGUAAUCUAAUUAAUACUUUAAUGUUAUCUCAAUCAUAGGUUUUCAACUGGUUCUAGAGAUGACUAUCGGUAAACUGUCAGGUUUCUUUUGUUAAUUUCUUUUAGUCACGUCAAUGAAUACAUAAAACAGACAAUCUUCGGUCCUCAAGAACAGCUCCGAUUUUGAUGUUUUUUUUUUAAUUUUGUUUUUUUAUAUUCUUUAAAAUAAGAAACCUCUUGAAGUGGGGACAGAACUAUUUAUCUUGUUUAAACAAUAUCUGUGAUAUUUAUGUAUCUUGUUCUUGUUUUAAUCGCGGGAAGGAUUGCCGGGGCUACAAUACUAAUUUCUCCAAGAUUAUGGAAAGUUCCUGUAGGUACCAGUCAAAGUUGCGGUAUUCAAACAAACUGGACAAAUGGAUUAUUAUUUAGUACAGUAGAAUCUUGAUAAAGUGCUGAAGCUUCAUAUAAUUGUGCUUCAUGAUAAGAUGCACAGAAACCUAAAGCAUGACAUACGUCUAUGACUUUUCUGGAGUCAAAUUUUCUGUGAAAUGUUACACUCAAGCCAAUUUGAAGGGGUGAUAAAAAAGAACGUGGUUUCACAGCAGAUAUAAUUGCAUGUGAGAUUGUCGUUUUUUUGUCGAGUUUAUUAUCGACAUUUUUUUCCCUCUUGUUCUUUCUUAUAAUUUCGUGGAGUAAUAACUUCAUUGAUUGAGGAAUUACAUCCAUCAAUUCUGUUUCUGAGAACAUUUUAUCACUACCAGGAUAACUAUUAUUAUUGAAGAUAUACUGAUAUACACUAUUCACUCCGAUAAAAAUUAUUAUUAUUAUAAAUAAUUCACACUGAUAAUAAUUCACUGUAAGUUAAAAAAAUUAAUACUUAGUACUUGACGAAGCGUGCAGAUACUCCAAAAAGUAAAUGAAUACUAAAUGAAGUAAGCAGUAAAAAUAUAAAACUAGUCAAACAUCUGCUCUGAGACCUUGAAUUUUUUCAUCAUUUAUAUAUAUAUAUAUAUAUAUAUAUAUAUAUAUAUAUAUAUAUAUAUAUAUAUAUAUAUAUAAAUCGCAAAGAAAAUCGCCUUGACAUAUAUAUAUUAGUGAAAAAAAGGAGCAUCGAAAAUAAUAUUAAGAAAAAUAUAUAAAAAGAAAUCCUCGUCCACAUAUGUGUAAGCAAAAAGAAGUAUUUGUAGCGUAUGCAGGUAACACAUAAAUUUUAAUAUUAAAUUAUUGUUAAAAACUUUUUUGUAACAACUAGUUGUUACAAUAAGAUUAAUAUAUGGAGAUUUAAAAAAAAUAGAGACCAAACUGAAUUUUUUAUAUAAAUGUCGUUGAUAUUGUUUAAACAAUAUAAAUAGUUCCGUCCCCGCUCUAAGAGGUUUCUGAUUUUAAAUAAUAUAAAAAAACAAAAUUAAAAAAAAAAUCAUCAAAAUCGGAGCUGUUCUUGAGGACUUCCGAAGGCUUCAUUCACGCGACUAUUUAUCUAGGCUGUUAAUAUACAUUUUAUAAUAUCUUAUACAAUAUAUGUGUGAAUAAUAAUAUAGGUGGUGGAUGUCUAUUAUAAAAUAAUCACCAUCUUCGAUAUUCUAAACCCGUUAUAGUUUUUUUUUUUCUACAGAUAAUAUCGAUUGUAUUAUCACAUUUUGAUACAACAUAAAAAAUACUAUGAAACUAUGGUGUAGCAAUUAUAUAAACAAACAUGGAAGGCAUACUGAAAUGGCGUGACAUCAACACCAUUCGAAAAAACAGUUCUUAUGAAAACGAAAAAAAAAUAUUGUUCACAAAUAUGGUAUCGGAAAAAUAAAACGAAUUUCUUCAACUUCGGUUUAUAUUGUAUUAAUUUUUAUAUCGAGCUGUAUCAAAUGUGUUUAAAUACAUUCAAUAGAUAUCUAACUCUACGUACCUUAUUUCUUUAUGUUAUUAUUUUUUUUAACUGAAGUUUCUAAGACUAAUUUUUGUUGUAUAGAGAAGUCUAUUAAACAUACAGGUAAAAGACUACUAUCAUUAUCAGUGAUUAAUAAAAAAUAUAUAUUUUGCUAUUGUAUAUCAAUAUCGGUAGAAUCUAAAAUAUAAAAAAUUGUAAUGUAGGAAUUUAGGGCGGAUUUAAGACAUAUUUCUUUUCAAUUUUAUCUUUUCGGUAAACUAUUCUCGUUAUCACGAAAUUUCUAAUAAUUGUAAACCUUAAUGUUUGACUACAACAUCCAAGACUCUUUCUGUUUUAUAAAUACUGCAACCUUGAGACUAUACAUACUAUUCACUACUACACAGCCCGCGGGCCAUAUCCGACCCGCCAGUAAUGUCAUCAAUCUGAUCCGCGACAGCCAAUUUUUAACUGCAGUUACUAUUGCAGAAAAAUUCAAAUUGUUUUGGAACAUACCGAAAAAAUUAUUCUAACCCGAAGGCUUCAAAAUUUGGAGACCCCUGGUCUAGUGUAAUGGUGAGUGGUAAUGUGGUGUGGUAGGUUUGGUAUGAACACCACUAAUAGUUCCAACUUAAUUGAAACCUAGUGCCUCAUAUUAUAAGUGUUCUCGCCUUCCAGUACCCGGAUUCUAAUCAAUCCCAUCUAUUGUUACGGUUACAACAUGAUUAGAUUCUUGCUACUACAAAUUUCUUAUCCGAAGCAUUUUUUGCAAUAAUGUUACUUUGUAGAUCUUUGUCAUUAUCUAGAUUGUCUUUUUCCUACCCACAAAAUAUACAUUCAUCAGUCUAUGCUAGACUUUGUUGUACUAGCGCUUCCUGUGAGGAUGUUUUCGAUAAGAUCCAGAUACUUUUUGCAGAUAGCUGUAUUGAAAGUUUUUCUAGAGGUAUCCAGCUACCAAAAGCACAGCCAGUUCCUCUAAACUUUUAUAGGUGCUUCAAUUACUAGUAUUUUGGAUUGUAAGACUCACAAAUGAUUAUUGACACGUUUUUGAAUAAUUUUCAUAAAUCUUUCGUUUUCGAUCCAAAAAAUUCAUUGUCUAUGGUAUCGUCAAGUUAGUUCUGGCAAAAAGUAAUUGAAACAUCAAAUAGAAUACCAACAAGUAAUUUUUGAGAUACCGUGAAUAGUGUACCAAAAUAUUUAGCAAAAGCUUUUAGUUUUGACACGUUUUUCAAUUGGGAUAGAUAGUAGUAUUUAGUUUGUCUCUUGUGAUAUUUAUAAUAAGUUAUUUCUCUUCACUGUACAUGUAAACUUUUUUUGUAUAGAUAUAUCUGUUUUGAAAUUUAAAAUGUAAUGUUGAAAAAUAAAGUAUUCAAAACGAA